AUGCAUCCUGUACUGGGCUCCCAGAAGCCAUUAGAUAGGCAACCUACAAUGCAUCCUAUACUGGGAUGGGGUGGCGAUCUGGAGGCGGACGUGGACCCCGAGGAGGCGGAGGAGCUGUCGGCCAGGUCCCGCCUGCAGCCGCAGUCCCAGCUGAGGGGCAGUCCGCCGCCCCCGCAGCAGCAGCAGCAGAACAAGCAGCGCCGCAGCCGCACCAACUUCACGCUGGAGCAGCUGAACGAGCUGGAGAGGCUGUUCGACGAGACGCAUUACCCGGACGCCUUCAUGCGGGAGGAGCUGAGCCAACGGCUGGGGCUCAGCGAGGCCAGGGUGCAGGUGUGGUUCCAGAACAGGCGUGCAAAGUGUCGCAAGCACGAAAGCCAAAUGCAGAAAGCGGCGGGCCUGGUGCUGGGGUCUGCGUCGCGGCGCUCUCCGCCCGUGGCCACGCCCCUGGAGCCGUGCCGCGGCGCGCCCUACCUCAGCGUGCCGGCGCUGCGGCUGCCGCUCGCCGUGCCCGCCGUCGACCCCACGCUGCUGCACCAGUACGCGGUCGCUGCGAUGUACCAGGCGGCGCCGGCCGGCCCUUACCCGCUGGGCCUGCAGGCAGCACUCGCCGCUGUGCACCGUGACCGGCUGCAGCACAAGAACCACAGCAUCGCGGACCUGCGGCUCAAGGCGCGCAAGCACGCCGAGGCCCUGGGCCUGCGCCACAGCACGCUGUAG